CCUUAAAGUGAAAGGUUUUGAUGGUGUUUUUCCCAUAUAUUUGAGGUACACCCUCUUCACUUUCUUUAAACUAUAGCUUCUUCAGUUGAAGAGGUAUCAGAAGCUGCUAUACUGCUGCUGCUGCUGCUGGUGGUUUGAUCAAUCUGAUGGAGGAAAAUCUGCCUCCUGGAUUCAGGUUCCAUCCUACAGACGAAGAACUCAUCACAUGUUAUCUUACAAAGAAGGUUUCUGAUUCUAGCUUCACAUCCAAAGCUAUAGCAGUCGUUGAUCUCAACAAAUCUGAACCAUGGGACCUACCAGGUAAGGCUUCAAUGGGUGAAAAAGAGUGGUACUUCUUUAGCUUAAGAGACAGAAAGUAUCCAACUGGACUUCGGACAAACCGAGCGACUGAAUCAGGUUACUGGAAAACAACAGGAAAAGACAAGGAAAUUUAUCGUACUGGUGUUUUGGUCGGAAUGAAGAAAACCCUAGUCUUCUAUAGAGGUAGAGCUCCAAGGGGAGAGAAAAGUAAUUGGGUCAUGCACGAAUAUAGACUCGAAAACAAGCAUCACUUGAGACCUUCCAAGGAUGAAUGGGUGGUUUGCAGGGUUUUCCAGAAGAGCUUACUGGUGAAGAAACCACAGCAAACAAACUCAUCACAACCAGAUUCUCCAUGUGACACAGUCUCAGUGGUCAAUGAAUUUGGUGAUGUUGAGCUUCCUAAUCUAAAUAGCAUUGCAAAUUCUUCAGGUGGACUCACUGACAAUAUUUCAGGACACAGUUUCAUGAAUGCUGAUAUGAGUAAUAGUGUUAACACAAGCAUGAACUUGGCAAUGAAUUGGGCAGUUGCAAAUGAUGUUCAUCAGGUCCCCUCUCUUCCAUCACUACCAUGGCCUUCUGGGUUGCUAAGUCCAAGCAUUUCUUCUGUAAAUUCUUUGCUUCUCAAGGCAUUGCAACUUAGAAGUUAUCAACAAAGAGAAGCAGCAGCAGCAGCAGCAGCUACAGAUCAAUUUGCAUCAUUUAUGGGUCAAGGAGUUUCCCAAGUUGGAACUGACCUAAGUUCAAAUCUGACAGCAUCUUCUUCAAAAGUUCAAGAAUGUAUGCCACAGCAGCAGCAACAGGAGCAACCAUUCAAUUUGGACUCCAUUUGGUGAAUCUGUUUAAAUCAGGAAACUAACAUUGUGUAAUUACAUCAAUCCUCCAAUUUCCAUAAAUAAAACACCACCAUUUCCAAACUGAUAUGUUGUAAAACCUGUCUCUUCUAUUGUAAUUAUGUGUCAAAAAUAGACUGUUUUUAAUCACUGUUAAACUCCUUCAAUGUUUUA